UGAUCCGGGCAACCUGCGCCUCUAUUCGAGUUAGAUAACGUAUAUUGAAAACGCGCAGUCUUGGCGAGCUGACAGCGUCCGUCCAAAUAUUUAUAGCCGCUCUGAUCAGGAGCUGUGUUGCCAUGGCAGUGCAAUUAGCACUUUGUCUAUUAACGGCCUUCCUGCGGCCAAGAGGUGCUGAGCUCCCCGUACCGCGGGGUCUCAGAGCCCCGUGCCCUCCCGCACCCGCACUGCUCCUCCCACGAGGGCUGACGCAUCGCUGCCGGGAGCAUCCAUCGCCAGGCGGGAUGGAAAUGGUGCAGGGAUGGGAUGGCACAGAGCGAGUGCCGCCGUUGUCCCCUGCGGCACACCAGGAGCAUCACAAAGCGCAUCCAUGCCACACACGAGGCACAUAAAACGAGCGCAGGGCACAACCUGCGGCGAUGGGCUCAUGGAUGCUCAGCACACACCCUCACGUUGCUGCCCUGCCCUGCCCUGUGCCAGGGCCUCGUGCUCUGGGCACAGCGCGCCCCGUGCUGCCCUGCGGGACACGUUGGGUCCGGGUGCAGCGCUGCCCUGCGCUGUGCUGUGCGGGAGGAGGUGUCGGCAGGGAUUAGGGUUGCAUCUAGAAAAGGGCUAAAUCAGAGCCCACGGCGCUAGGCGGCUCGCAGCAGCUCUCCCGUGGUGCCACCGCUCUGGCAAUACAAACAAAACAUUCGCAGUCAGCUGAGCGGCUUUGCAGCAGCAGCGACCAAAAUUUUUUUUUUCUUUUUUUUUCCAGUUUCCAAAUGCAGUCAGUGCUGAAUUUAACCCUAGAAGGGGCCACUCACAGCUGCCCCACUGCGGGGGGGUCUGAUGGCUAUGUGCCCACACUGCAGGAAUGGGUGCAUGGGGCGUGCUCUGCUUCCCCAAGGAAGUGCAUUGGAGCUGCAGGUGUAUAUAUGGGUCCUAGAGUGGUUUCUGCAAUGCCAGCUAUAUGGGAACCGCUGUGGCUCUCUGUGUCAGAGCUGGCAGCAUCCUCCAGAGUGAGGAGGUGGCACCGUGGGUCCAAGCACUGUGCCAUGGGUCCAAGCACUGCGCCAUCCCUCGCUGUGAACAUGGAGGGGGCCAGGGAAGGGGAACCUGCUGUUUCCUGCAUUGCAAAGGCUGCCUUUUCUUUGGGUUCAUUUUCGUGGUGUUUAGUGGCUCACCAUCUCAGGAGUUAUUCCAAGUGGUCUGGGGAGAAGGCGUGAAAAGACAUAAAAUGCAUUUUUUAUGAAUCUUAAUGGUGACAGCUCUUUGGGAGGAACUCUUCCCUGUACCUCUCAUGUCCUAUGUGUCUCAUGAGAGAUCCAACAUCGGUUUAAUCCAGCGUAUCUGUCCCAUUCCACAGUGCGUCCUGCAGACCCUGGACAGCACAGGGUGGUUGUGCUGUCAACCUUCUGCCUUCCGUGAGGAAAGCACUGCUCCUCCCACCGGGCUCAGACCUGAGGGCAUUGUGCUCCUGCCUCGCUCAGAGGCUGAGCACAGGUCCUGGAGCUGCCAUGCCCGCCCUGUGAUGCCACCUGGCACAGCUGACCCAUGACGCAGCCCUGAUCCCACCACUCUCAGCGGUGGCACAGGAGCACACAGUAACAGGACCUGCCUCACAGCUGCCUUGUUUGCAUUGGUGGAGCACAAGGAGGCUGUGCUCACAGGCAGAGACAAAGGCACUGGGACGCACAAGCAAUGGCCUUCCAGCGGAGCCACAAGCUGAACCUGCUGCGCAUUGCCGUGCUGCUCCUCGUGGCCUUGGCUGGCAUCAAGUUCCUCUUCCGUGACAGCUUAACCCUGCAGCUGCACAAGCACAUCAGCAAGGACAGCACGUUCUGGGGGGAUGCGCGGGACUCUGGCCCCCAGAGCCAGGCUGUGGAGGUCCAACCUGCAAAGAUCAUGGCCCCAAGGCAGGGACCUAAGCAGCAGUUCCCCAAGGACCUCAGUGCCACCGAGAUGAGGCUCGUUCACCUGGACUUGAAGGGAGCUGCUCCCAGGGUCUCCUAUCUGGAGCAGUUGUUCCCACUCCUGUCCCGGCUGGGAGCUAACGGGAUCCUGAUCGAAUACGAGGAUAUGUUCCCCUUCAAGGGGGAGCUGGAGGUCCUCAAGUCCCCCUAUGCUUACAGUGAGGAGGACGUUGAGUGGAUCCAGCAGCUGGCAGAGCUCCACAAGCUGGAGGUGGUUCCCCUGGUGCAGACCUUCGGUCACGUGGAGUUCAUCCUCAAACACCCCAAGUACCAGCACCUGCGGGAGGUGGAGCGCUUCCCCAACAGCUUCAAUCCCCAUGUUCCAGACACCCUGGCAUUGCUCAAGGUCAUCCUAUCACAGGUGAUGGAGAAGCACAGGCGCUCCUCGUGGAUCCACAUUGGUGCAGAUGAGGUGUUCCACCUCGGAGAGGGGAAGGACUCCAGGAAUUGGAUGAGCCGCAACAAGGGUGACACAGGAACCAUAUACCUGAAGCACAUUAAGGAGGUGCUGGACUUCAUCUCCACACAGUACCGGGGACUGCGGGUGCUCAUGUGGGACGACAUGCUGAGGAAGAUCAGUGUGGGAGCCCUGCAGGAGUCUGGGAUAGCAAAGCAUGUCUCACCUGUGGUGUGGUUCUAUGCACCUGACUUCGACGCAGAGCAGAUUGGGCAGUUCAUCACCAAGUACCUGGAGAGCGGCUUUGAGGCCGUGUGGUUUGCCAGUGCCUUCAAAGGCACCACCGGCCCAACACAGAGCUGGCCUCCGCUGAGCUCCCACCUGAAGAACCAGCUCAGCUGGCUGCGGGUGCGUGAGGCCAUGCCGCGUUUUGCCCCGCUGCGCUUCCAGGGCAUUGUCCUCACCGGGUGGCAGAGGUACGACCACUAUUCAGUGCUGUGUGAGCUGCUGCCUGUUGGCAUUCCCUCCCUGGCCAUAUGCCUCCAGACCGUGGUGAAUGGUGAGCUCCCUCUUCCCCCUCUUUCCACACUGCAGCAUCCUUGGGGGCUUCACCCCUCUGUUUUGGCGUGGUCCUCUCCAGGGGGAUUCACGGAAGAGACGCGGAGGAAGGUGCUGGAGGUGUUGGGCUUCCAGAACAUGCAGCUGGAGCAGAGCACAUGUGAAGGAAGGGGAGUGUUCCCUGGGGCAGAAAUCUAUCACAUGGUGGAGCAGGUGAACAGACAGCUGAAGGAGAGCAUCACCAAAAUGCUGGAGGAGGAAAGUGCCAUCAAGGGCUGGUUCAGCCCUUACCACCGCAAGCACCAGUUUGGCAAUCCUCGCAACAUGGAGAGCUUUGGCAGCAAGGUGCUCAAGCUCCAUGAGGACUGGGAGAGCUUUGUCCGGGACCUGCGUGCCCGCCUGGAGGGUAUCUACUUCCCUGACACAGUGGAGGAGUGGAUGGAGGAGAAUGUCAACCCCUACCUGGACCCUCUGCGGGACCUGGUCCGGGACUACCGUGCCAUCAUCCGCCUCAACGCCCAGCCCAAGGCACCUUAGGGGCUGUGCUUCCCCAUGGACUGGGCAGCGGGGGCCAUGGGAAUGGUCUGUUUGCUGGCCUGCACCCUUCUUCUGUUCAAGGCACGAUUGUGGUUUGUUUUGUACUGCACAGAGAGCCCCGGUGUGCCCCACUUCCCAAUAAAGUAUUUUCGUAGAUGUUGCUGAGUGAUGG